GUGUUUGUAUCUUGAUAAACGUGCCCAUAAACAUGAGGAUGUAUUUCUUAAGGUAUGUUUCUUUUUUAAACUUAGUCACUAUCAUGGAAGCUUUAGAAUUCAGAGAUCAUCCACAGGAUAUAACUGCUAUUGAAGGUACAACUGUAGAAAUGACAUGUGUCCUUGAACAGGAAGUUCCUGACAGUUCGUUAUCUUGGAUUCGGAAUGGUAAUACAUUGACCGAAGGCCGAAAGAUUUUGGAAUCUAGUCCGAUUUUUAAUCGUGAUGUUGACACAGGAACUUCAUUGUUAUCGAGAAAGUCUACUUAUUAUAGACUUGAGAUUCGUAGCGUUCUGUACAGCGAUUCAGGAGUAUACGCAUGCGCAGUAGAUCAAAAUGGAAUCGAAGUGAAAUCAGAAGCCGCGCAUCUCACAGUUAAUCAACUACCAGACCCAAUUUACCCAAUAUGUGAUCCAAUAGUCAAUCCAGUGGACGAAGGAUACCGUGUGAAAUUGAGAUGUACAGGUGAUGUUAUUGAACCACCCAUCAAGUUAAAAUUAUCAAAAUGCGUGAUGGAUGUCAACACCGAUACCGAAGUAUUGCUUUAUCGGCAGACAACGCCUAUUAUACAUUCAUUUAUAGCUAAUGCAGAUGAUAAUAACGCUAUUUUUACUUGUCAACUAACAACACCAGCUGACGAUAAUGUUUUAAGAAACUGUAGCUUUGGACCAUUGAAUGUAUGGUAUAAACCUAAUAUCACCAUUCAACAUGCAGGUACGACGCUAUCAGGAAGGGAAGCAAUUUUUAUUUGUCAAACCAAUGCAAACCCACCAGUAACGGACUUUAUGUGGCAAUUUUAUCCACCUUUAAGUAUUGAUCGUUAUGAUGUUGAUGAUAUUGGACAAGUUAUGCGCAUUCUACGUGUUAAUAUUGACGACAAUGGACUGAUUGUGAAAUGUACGGCAAGGAAUAGUGUAGGUCAGGUGACAUAUCACGUGACUAUAGAAGUAAUUGACACUGACAAUGGAAGUAACGAACAACCAAAGACCAACGCAAUUGAAUCAACGAAUGAUAAUAUAUCUGAAAAGAAAAAUGUUUCCUUAGCGGUAUUACUUGCUGUUGUAUCUGUAUUGGCUCUUGUAAUUGUAUUUGCUAUCAUUAUUCCUGCUUAUUAUUUCUGCAUUUGUUCAAAAAAAGAGGGCAAUGUUGUAGCUCAACCUGAUGUAUACUUCGAACCUCAAGAUCGACUGACGUUACCAAUGCCAAAUAAAAGACACUCCGUGUUAUGGAGACGAUCAUUUGGCGCCCAAGUUCCAACAGAUAGAGAUGUGGAUGCCAUGUAUCUGGAGAUCCAGAGUGAUCACUACAUUUUCACUCCAGACAGCAGAUGCAAUACCCUUCCCUGAAUUUCUUGGUUUAAUCAACUCG